AUGGUCACGCCGAUUCGAGUUGCCGUCAUCCAGUCGGAGCCCGUCUAUCUCGACUUAUCUGCCUCCAUCGACAAAGCCUGCCGUCUUAUCGCCGAUGCCGCUGAAGAUGGAGCAAAGCUUGUCGCUUUCCCCGAAUGCUGGCUUCCCGGCUACCCAGCGUGGAUUUGGGCACGCCCGGUCGAUGUCGAGCUGCAGACGCGAUACACCUACAAUGCGCUGCCAGUUCACUCACCGGCCAUGGACCUGGUCAAGGCCGCCGCCAGGGAGCAGUCCAUUGCCGUGGUCCUCGGCUUUGCCGAGCAGAGCGCCUCCCACAGUGUCUACAUCUCCCAGGCCAUCAUCUCCCCGCAGGGCGAGCUCCUCCUACACCGACGCAAGAUCAAGCCCACCCACAUGGAGCGCACCGUCUUCGGCGACGGAUCCGGUGGUGACCUGAACAACGUCGCCGAGGUCGACUUCGGCCCCGAGUACGGCAAGAUCAAGGUCGGAUGCCUAGCCUGCUGGGAGCACACGCAGCCGCUGCUCAAGUACCACACCAUUUCCCAGGGCGAGGCCAUCCAUGUGGCCAUGUGGCCGCCCAUCGCGCCAAUGCCGGCCCCCGACUAUCCCGGCCUGUGGAGUAUGUCGGCUGAGGGUUGUCAAGCGCUCAGCCAGGUCUAUGCCAUCGAGAGUGCAGCUUUUGUGCUUCAUAGCACCGCGGUGUGCACGCAAAAGAGCAUCGAGCUGAUGAAGACGCAGGAAGGAAUCGUCUGCUCGCAACCGGGCGGUGGCCAUAGCUGUGUCAUCGCCCCGGACGGACGACGCUUGACGGAACCUCUUGGGGACGGGACGGGCGUGGUCGAGGGCAUCGUGUUUGCAGAUCUGGACCUUAGCAAGGUGGUGGCAACAAGGGGCUUCUUGGACGUCGUUGGCCACUACAGUCGUCCAGACCUCCUGUGGCUGGGCGUGGAUAAGCGACAGAGGGAGGUGGUCGUCGCCGGGGCGCCAGCCGGUGCACCUCAAGGAGCAUGA